UUUGCAGAAAGACUGUACAGGACUGUACGAGCCUCACCACAAUGGAAUGAUGGAUGGUGAUUGUGAUAGAUCUUCGCCGAGUGGGCAAAGUGAUCAGGCCAGCAGUGGAAGAACUAUUCUCUGUCACAAUGAACGUUACCAGCAAUCGUCAGCAAGACAUUACAAUGCUUCAGAAAAGAGUGAUUUCAUCAGUCCAAGGAAUUAUCAAUCGGUUUUGAUGCAUGAGAAUGGCACAAGGAAAAUGUCCACAUCAAAAAAAGUUCCCGAUGUCUACAAUAAUGACAAUUUUGCUGAUUGUGAGGAGACAUCAUCUGACAGAUCAGGAACACACCUCUCCGAAGAGCAGUAUCGAUGUUGGGAGUACAUGCUCGAGCAGAACACUCAACUGCUUUUCGACAAGGAGCUUGACACACUAUCCAGGGGUUUCGUUCGUAGGUCUGUACCAUCCAGACCAGGACUUUGGGUUAGAGCCAAAAGCAAUCCACACAUCGCAGCUGAUCUCCAUCAACAACCACUUCUCACAAGACAAUUCGGCAGUGCUCGUUCAUUUCAACAGCAAACUACAGGACGAGUGAACAACAACAGAAGAGGACUGAGUGGUGGACCCAAUGCUGCCUAUUUCGGAAGCCUGCAACGCCUGAUGCCCUAUCAUAUGGACUACGAUUUUGCAGUGAUACGAGAAAGGGCCGACUCAAAUACUGAUUCUCUCGAACAUGAUGAUCGAAUGCAAAAGUAUUGGGAUGUUACAACCACAGAACUGUAAAUAGAUAGUAUAUUGUUUGUAAAUAAAAACAUCAAAUAGAA